AUGUCUCGAUUAGACGAUCUGAUCGAUGGGAAAUUCUCCGAGAAUUCUAGUCUGAACGUUCGAUUAGUGGAGAUCGUUCAACAUCAUAUCAGAACUUUAAAAUUCUCUGCACUGAUUGACACGGUUCUUCAAGAAGUGUGCUUUUUAGAAUUUUUUGGGACCACGUUCGUAAUAUGCUUGCUCGAAUACUAUUGUAUUGUGGAUUGGGAACGGAAUGAUAAAAUUAGUCUGACGACGUAUUCGUUGCUGCUAAUAUCCUUGACGUUCAAUAUGUUCUUAUUGUGCUACAUUGGUGAUCUACUGAUCGAAAAGAGUACUAACGUCGGAAUAUGCUGUUGCAUGAUCGAUUGGUACCGUUUGCCAGCAAAGACAGUCCAAGAUCUGAUUUUAAUCAUUGCCAUGUCGAGCAGUCCGGCAAAAAUUAGCGCCGGUAAAAUAGUCGAUUUGUCUUUGACAUCCUUUGGAAGUGUAGGUUUUUUUUUACUAAUGCCUCAUCUAUAUUUUGCAGUUAAAAAUUUACUUACAAUUGCCGUGUUGAAAGGUAUCGGGCAAUUUUUGCCGAAAAUCGCGAUCGGCCUCAGUAAUUUAGUGUUAUUUUUCACCUUGGUGCAGUGUGUGCUACACAUUAUAUUCGAGCAAAAAGAUCCUCUGUUAAGACUGAAGAUUCUAGGCUUGACGUGCUUCUCUUUUAUCUCGCUGAUGAAGUAUUGGGCUCUGACAGCACGCAAGUCGAAGAUCGAACACUGUAUCGAGCAAUUGUACGCUGAUUGGAAACAGGUGUGUUUAGUCAUUCGAAAGGUACUCAUCGUCAAUGAUUGCGAAUUUUUAUGCAUUUACGGAAAGUUUAAAAAUACAAAAGCAGAUACAGUAGAAUUCCAGAGAGAUCGCAAAUUGAUGCUGAAAUACGGGAAAAUUGGGAGAAAAUUGACCGUCUACAGUGCCGUGUUUAUGUAUAGCGGUGGCAUAAUUUAUCACACGAUUAUGCAGUACGCGAUCGGCUCGUACGUCGAUGAAUUUAAUCGUACGAUCAAACUGCUGGUGUAUCCUACUUACAGUGCACUUUACGACGUUCAAAAGAGCCCAAUUUACGAACUCGUAUACGUUCUCCAAUGCAUGUGCGGAUACGUGUUCGACACA